GUACACAAAAACAUCCUAAUAUUUACGAUAUAUUGUAAUGUGGCCACAGGGUUUAACCUCAUAUCACUCAAUUCUACUACGCCAUCAGAUUCAUGCUGACUUUGAAGAAGAUUACAACAAUGAUAAGAUUCCACGUGUUGAUUUAAAUCAAAAUAUUUGCAGAACCCAACUUUUACUGCUCGAUUACAAGCAGUUCAAGGCGGCUCGUCUAAUUCAACGCCAUUUUCGGGGCUGGAGUGUCCGUCAUAUGAUGCAUAAACAGCGCAGGGCUGCGAUUAUUAUACAAAGGAAAUGGCGAAUAUAUUUAAUAAAGAAGAAUAUUUUAAUCAAUUACCAGAAUAAAACACAGUCCAAUAUUCUGAUGACAUUCAAUUCCAAUUCCAUCAAGAUUCAGGCCCUCUUUCGUGGCUGGUGGUCCCGCAAAUACGUCAACAAUAUGAUCUAUCUGAAGUCUAUACAAGUGAAGGCCGUCGAGGAUAUAUUGCAUUGUAUUAGCUAUGAGCUACAUACUAUGAAGCGCAAUAAUCAGCUGCCGGGAUACUUGUCGCUUCGACAGGGCGACUGCCUUCGAAAGGUGGAAGAUUUGAUUUCGACUCUAACCUAUCGAUUGUACAAUCGAUAUGUGGGAAUGAAGUGGCUUGAUACCAGAGCUUAUAUGAAUAAACAACGUUCUGACUUCGCUAAUUCUAUUUUUUACACCUCGGUGCCAUAUUAUGGUAAUGAUCCUAUCAAUGUCUGCGCUCCUCCGCCGCCUCCAAAGUCGAUCAAGAUCUAUGACCGUCGUGAAUACGAUGUCACACAAGCCUUAAUGGCGGGCAAAAAAAUUAAACCAGAACACAAAGGCAAACAUCCGAAAUAUCGAAAACGUCAAAUAAAGGAUCAAGGUAUAAGCUGUAAGCUUUUCUGCAAGGAUCUCGUGUACAGCAUGAAGCGUUGGAAUAUUGGUGAUCAACACAAACUCAUUAUACCAGAUGAUAUAUUGGAUGGUAACUUGCAAGAGUUUAUAAUGGAUCUUAAGGGGUAUCUAGAGAAGAACAACUACGUCGAAAACUGUGAUUGUGUUCGUGAUAAGCCAAAUCCAGCUACCUGAGUUCCCCAUUUUGAUAUUUCCAUAGCUUGUUCUUUAAUAAAUAAUAUAAAAUUCA